UGCAAAUGAAGAGUUAAAUAUAACAAGUUCUACUAUGAUUCCAGUUAUUCCACUGUUUCUUCAUCAUCGACUUUAGGAUCUCUUGCUGUUAGAUUUUUCUUUGGCAAGAAAUGUUCAUUCAACAUUUAUUUGGCUUGCUUCCCUCUGAUGCCUCCAUGCUAAUGCGCAGAGCAGCUCAUCAAACCUGUAGUAAUGGAUGCAACUCCCUUUGCUGUUACUGACUGGAUUAUAUCUUCUUCAUGAUCCAUGACUUGGAUGAAAAUGUCUGGGAGCAUCGCCAGUUUCUCCUGCCUCCUGUCUCUUGUACACUCUUAAAUUCAUCUAAAUGUGUGCCAUUUCUGAUGGUACGUCUUUAUGGUCUACAGUGUGUCAUGAAAUGCUCAUGACUUGGAUACAUUGCCACACUUGUCUCUCUGUCAAAGAAGUGCAGAAGCCUGUGUUGGAUACAGCAGGCUCAGUCAACUGAAUACUGCACCCCAGACUUAUUCUCAAAGAAUAUGUCAGAACGUCACAAUGGUCCCAUCUAGCAAUAGUACAAUUUCCUCCUUAGUUUCAAAUGGAAGCUUAUUUUGGAUUCAGGACCCUCAGAGAACAGGGAGGCUCAGUGAUAUACCACCAUAUACUAGCAGCCAUGGCCUCUCCCAAACAAAUGAGAGCUUCUCCUUCACCACCAUGGAAAUGGGCAAUGUGUCACAACAAGAACCUCCUGAUCCUCUGGGUGGCCAUACUGUCUGGCAAGUUGUCUUGAUUGCUCUCCUCACUGGCAUUCUGGCCCUUGUGACCAUCAUUGGAAACAUCCUGGUGAUUGUGGCUUUUAAAGUUAACAAACAACUGAAGACUGUUAACAAUUACUUCUUGUUGAGUCUUGCUUGUGCAGAUUUGAUCAUUGGUAUUAUUUCCAUGAACCUCUUCACCACUUAUAUAAUCAUGGAUCGCUGGGCUUUGGGAAACUUGGCCUGUGACCUGUGGCUCUCGAUUGACUAUGUGGCCAGCAAUGCCUCUGUCAUGAAUCUGUUGGUCAUAAGUUUUGACAGAUACUUUUCCAUCACCAGGCCACUUACCUACAGAGCUAAACGAACAACCAGAAGGGCUGGGGUGAUGAUUGGCUUAGCUUGGGUCAUCUCCUUUAUCCUUUGGGCCCCUGCUAUUCUGUUCUGGCAGUACUUUGUUGGAAAGCGAACUGUUCUUGAAGGUGAAUGUUAUAUUCAGUUCCUAACUGAACCAAUAAUCACUUUUGGCACUGCCAUAGCUGCCUUUUAUUUGCCAGUCACCAUUAUGAGUAUUUUGUACUGGAGGAUAUACAAAGAGACAGAGAAGCGUACCAAAGAGUUAGCAGGACUCCAGGCCUCUGGCAGUGAAGCUGAGGAGGCACGCUUUGUCAACCAAACAGGCAGCUCAAGAAGCUGUAGCAGCUAUGAGCUACAGCAGCAGAACAGAAAGCGCCCCAACAGAAGGAAAUAUGGGGGCUGCCACUUCUGGAUGACAUCCAGGAGCUGGAAACCGAGCUCAGAUCAGGUUGAUCAGGAGCACAGCAGCAGCGACAGCUGGAACAACAAUGAUGGCAAUGCAUCUCUUGAGAACUCUGCCUCUUCUGAUGAGGAAGACAUUGCCUCUGAGACCAGAGCUAUCUAUUCCAUUGUGCUGAAACUCCCAGGGCAUAACACUAUCAUCAACUCCACAAAACUUCCCUCAUCAGAAGACCUGCCUGCAUCAGAAGAUGAACUGCAAAAGUUGGAUGCAGAGUCAAAGGAAAGGAGACCUAAAAGACUCCAUCCGCAAAAGAGUAUGGAGGACGGACAAUUACAGAAGUGCUUUCCCAGGCUUUCAGUUCAACCAGGAUCAGCUGUACACACAGAAAAGGUUUCUGAUGGUAUUCCAGCACAGUCUAAGGCAGCUGCUGCCCUGCCUUUAUCGUGCAAGGAAGCGACCCUGGCCAAGAAGUUUGCCUUGAAGACAAGAAGUCAGAUCACAAAACGGAAACGAAUGUCACUCAUUAAAGAAAAGAAAGCUGCACAGACACUCAGUGCCAUUUUAUUUGCCUUUAUUAUCACCUGGACUCCAUACAACAUCAUGGUCCUGGUAAACACCUUUUGUGAUAAAUGCAUCCCCAAAACCUUUUGGAACCUGGGGUACUGGCUUUGCUACAUCAAUAGUACAGUGAACCCUAUGUGCUAUGCACUGUGUAACAAAACAUUCAGAACCACUUUCAAGAUGUUACUGCUGUGUCAGUGUGACAAACGUAAACGACGUAAGCAACAGUAUCAGCAGAGACAGUCGGUUAUUUUUCAUAAGCGGAUUCCACGGGAAACUUCAUAGAAUGGUAUUUUUAAACAAUGGAAACAAAUAUUAAAGGGAUUGCAAAAAUGAGAGGGUGAUUGCUGGAGAUAGCUAUAAAUACUUCAUCUUUAAGAUGUGAAAUGAGCAACCUGGUGUAUGUAUUUAUCCUUUUAAUAUUUCCUAUUUAAUGUAACAUUUAAGGCAUACUGAGCAAAAAAGAAAAAGAAAAAAGUGUUAUUACACAGGUUUUUAUACAGGAACAAUCAGACAUGUGAUGGUUUUCCUAGAAGAUUUCAAGAAGCUGAAUAUGAAAGUUAUUCUCCAGCUAUAAAUCUGUUCUGGGUUUUCAGGUGAACACAAGUAGCUGACCCACUCUCAGCAAGGCCCCAGAGAGUUGAUUCAGCGCAACACAAGACACCAGUUGAACAGAUAUAUCAAAACAAAAUCUCUGAAUGUGUAUUCUAAGCACUGUAUAGGUUGCUCCAAAUGUCUUAGGGUUUCCCAUUCUCUCCUCUUUUGGAGUGUAAUGUCAACUCUUUGGUCUAAGUUGUUAAAGGAUCUGUUUAAUAACACCCCAUGCACUCAGAGCCUUGCCGGCUGUCUACCGGGAGAGAUAUGUGUGUUUUUGCAGGCAUUUACUAUUGUGAUUGUGAGAUAUGAGUAGCAUAAGGGGCCUUGAAAUUUUGCUUCACAGCUCUUAUUUACAUGUUAUUUAUUCUGACAUUUUGGCUUCUCCUGAAAGUGGCAAAACUCACACAGCAAACAAAUACAGCAAUGAAGAAUACCAGAAGGGCACAUAAUAUAGCCACAUAUUUUUGCAGUGGACUCUGGUGGCAUGUAUAUUUUUCAUACAGAGUUGGAUCUUGAAGAGCCCGUAGUUUCCCAGCUGCAGGACAAAGAUUGCACCCAGAUGACAGGGUCCACAUUAGCAUUUAAUGUAACAGAUAGCAUGGAAGAGUUCAGAUUGCAUUCUCUGCAGGAUGCAUUUCUGCAUUUAAAGUGAACAUCAUCCAGAUGGACUUUCAAUCUGGUCCUUAGAUCUUUUGUGCUGAUACAAUGGGGUAAGAGUAUCCAGCAUAGUCCUAAGAGGCUCUAGCUCACUUAGAUGUUGGGAUAUUAUUCCUGCACAGAUUAAGGAGAUCUAACCAUUUUCUUGGUUUGGAACUAGGAGGUGGGAUCAAAUAAUAGGUUCCUGGCAAGCAAUAUGUUCAGGUAUUUGAUAUGUAGAGGAUGUAUUGUUUAUGGAGUAAGCAUAUUACUUCUCUCCAGCUACCUAUGUAUAGCAAGCAGGUUUCUAACCAGACUGCACUAGGAGUUUCUCAGAAUCAGUGUCUGCCUCGACUUCCUACACAUCAGGAAUAAAUUUUUAGACGUUGGGGAAAUAAUUGCAUUUAAAAAACAAACAAACAACAACAAAACUUGCACUUUCCAAAUGCUUGUCAGUUCUGAAAGCUUCUGUGGUUAUUAUUGUUGGUGUUAUCGUUACUACUGGUAGUAAAAACUUCAAGUCUGUGCAGUGCAAUGUCCCAAAUCAAUGUCAGAUGUUUGCUAUUUCAAAUAGCCAAGCACCUUCUCAGAAAGACAAAAAAAAAGGGCUUUAAUAUUUAUAGUUGAAAUGUGACCAGUGAUUCCUGGAAUUUAUAAUGCAGUCGGUACCUCGUACCUUGACCACAACCCCACCACAUGCAACUCCUGUUCACUCAGUGAUGCUUGCACAGGAGAUGGUCAAAGUGGGCUGUGCUUAUACUGUACUUUAUAAAAGUCAGGAUUUCCCUGAGGAAAGGACUGUACUUUAAAGCAUUGUUUCAGAUCAUAUUUAUCUUUGUUUUGAAAAAGUAAUUUUGUAUAUUAUGCUUUCAACUGACCAAGCAUUGGAGGAGGCUUUUUCCCUCCCUCUCCUUUUGUUUCUGAACUGACACUCAGAUCUGAAAAAAUUAUAUAUUUUUUAAAAAAUGCAGCUUCCUUUAUGAAAAGGGGAAUCAAUGUUGUGAACACAUAACUGGUAUAAAAGCUGCUUUUGUAUUCAGUGUGAGAUGGGGUUUACAGAUGAUUUUGACAACAGUGGAAGUAUAUUGAAUAGUGUAUAUGUAUCUGAGCUAUUUCAUUUUGUGUUCUGUUAAUAUAAAGAUAUAUUUAUACAUACGUGCCACCAAAAUGUUUUAUUUAAGUGUUGAUAAAUAUUGCUCUUUGGUCUACAGCUGUACUGUCGUUUAGAAGAAAAUCAUGAAGGUGUUCUUGAGAAAUGAAUACAGCUUUCAGGUCUUCCCAUCACUCUUGAUAAUAGGUUGCAUUUCUGUGUGUUGAAAAGAUGGACUACUUACUCUGCAGUGCUUGAGACUGGUCCUCACUAUCUGAGGAAGAGAGGCCAUUUUGGAGAUUCACAAAUCAGAGGACUGGACAGAGCUGGGAGUGGGUAGAGGGAGCUACCAUUUACAUAUGUCAAGAAUAAACAGAUAGGGGAAUGGAGGAGAAUUGCCUCACUUUCUCUGUCACAUGGUUCUUCUGUACUUAAGAGCUGCAUAACAUGUAUUCAUUCAACAAGCACUACUUUUCCUAGUACAGAGAAACAACAAUCUACAUUUUCAAAACAAUAUUCAACUCUUCUGAAUUUUUCCAUGUCACACUGUAUAGGUGCUGAAGACCUUCCAAACAUUUCCAGGUCAUGAACAUGGAAGGAGUCAGGGACAGCCCAAUGUAUUUGCUGACUGAAGCUCAGGUCAAGAUGCUGCCCCCAACCCCAUUCAACAUACAGAAGCCAGCCAGGCAGGCAACUGAAUCUUACUUCAACAGUGGGUAACAGGACAGCCUCUUCUACCACACCCAAAUCAGCAGGCUAGCUUACAAAACCUACAACAGGCUUUGUGGCCACACAUUUCUGUUCUCCACAACGUUGUUGUUGCUUUCCAUCCUUCUGUAUCGGCUUCCUAAGACAGCUGCCUCAGUUUAUGUAAUGGUAGGACUACAACUGACUCAGGUGAAGGGGCUCUAGUUGGUUUUCUCCAACGAAGUCAUGUGUUUAGGUUUUCAUCAUGUAUGACAUGCAGUGGCACAUUGCUUUGAAAAUUAAGGCCACUAGUUGAUAAAACAGAUUACCUGGAGCACCACAAUGUGGAAAGAUUGUAUGUAAAUUUAAAUGAUACAUAGAUUCCUAAAACAUAGGCGGCAAAUUACCCCAAGCAUGUGAAUGAAUGUCAAGAACAUAUUUGAAAAAGUGUGCCCCAAUUUGAAUGGCAGGCCCAUUUUUAAAAAUGUUGUUUUCUUAUUUUAGCUCAUAAGUUACCAAAGACAUUUAGGAAACCAUCAUCUCCAAGAUGCUUAAUACAGUACCUUGUUCAUCAUGUACCAGGGUAUGUAAAAGGGAGUCAAGAAACAGCUAUUAAAAAAGAAAGAAAGAAAAUGGAAGAAAAGCAAUUCUGAGAACAAGGAAUACAGCGGGGGCAAAGGGAGAGAGACAGGAUGUGCUACAAAUCAGCGCCUAAGUAAUUCCUCCUGUGCAGGAUGUCCAAACCUGUGUGCAGCCUAAGCAGUGAAUGAAAGGAGAGAUAUGGAGUUUAAUCCACACAAAUUUGUGAUGUGGUUUAAACUGCCUGCAGACAACAAAAGAAAACACUCUUCACAAAAGCACAAAAUGUUUUCCUGGUCAACAUAACCAAUAGUUUUUAACAAAUAAAUAGACAGAUGGCUACUGAAUUAGAGGAAAGCCUCCAGCACCUUCUGGUCAUAUCACUGAAAAAGGCCAGUGAGGACAAGCAUUUCUUAUUAUCAAGUGCAUUGGGAGAUCCAGUAGUGCAAAACAGAAAUCUUUCAGUGAAUUUUUCAUUUUUAAAAAAAAAUUAUUACAGAAUUAUACAAAAUAAAAAGCAGAGAAGCAAAUAUACAAACAAAAGAAACAACACUCCCCUAAGUGGUUUCUCCCACUAUAACCAGUCGCUCUCAUCCCAACAGAUCUCUCCACAGAGCUCCAUGUGGAUCUGGACAUUGCUGCUUGGCAUACAUUAUCAAUGGAGUUUAUAGUAUAUUGAUUAAGUUAAUUCUUAAGAACUGAAAGACACUUCUUUGCUCAGGGUCACCUUGCAAAUUAAUUUUUUUGCAUAUAUAGACAUAUAUAUGUAAAAAUAUAUAUUGUCAUAUAAUCUUCUGCUAUUUAUGUUAAAUGCAAUUUCCUCUAAUAAAUAUGAGGAAGCCACACUACAGGAAGGCGCUGUCUUGCAUCAC